AUGGAAUCUGUGCCUGAUGAUUAUGCAAUGAAACGUGCUCGCUUGAGGCACAAGUACAUUCAAGCGGCGUCGCACCUUCUCCAAGUGCUAAGCUCCGAGGCAAAGGAUGCUUAUCAAAGUGAUGAGCUCACUAAGCUUGGGGUUUCCCUCGGGUCGUUUGACCCUAACUAUCAAGACUUCCUCGACACCAAAGCCUGUUUCUUCAAGCCUCUAUCCCCAGAUGCGCUUAAAGAGUACUCUCUCGACCUUGAAGGGCGGACUCUCUCCUACUACUUGAAGUUUGACGAGAUGUACGAUCGCCCUACGAGUGCGGAAAGUCCUUCCUCUUCCGAUGUUCUAGAGAAGAGAGCAGAUCAAAUCUUCAGACACCUAGAUCUUCUCUACACGAACUACUAUAAGAAGAGUGGGAGAGACGUCAAAUUUUUUGACGAAGUUGCUGGAUGGGACGAGAUCAAGCACGACAAUCCAUUCUUCGAUAGCGGAAGGGGACUAUUGAUUGAUUUCCGCCGCCGUGGAGCUCCAGGCUAUGAAACUAGUGCUAGGCGCGAGUGGCAGGGAGAGGAUAACGACAUAGAGACGAUUUGUGCCCACGUUAUGCUCGUGAUUUGCUCUGGCGCGAAGGCCAAGGAUGACGAAUUGCUUUUUAGUGAACUUGGCCCUAUCGCGCAGGUGAUCCAAAACCGCCUAAGCCAGAAGGAGUUUGAGAAUACAUCGUUCUUCCCGGUGCUAGCCGUCUCGCUCUUUGGGCCGCGCCACGGCCGCCUCCUACAGGCCAAAUUCGACCAGUCCAGUAUCUUGAAGGUCCAAAUCUCGCCUAUCUACAGCUUUCGAUACAGGGCCGAUGCUCCCUUCAAACUUUUCCUUCGUUACUACGGCUGCGAACCUCGAGCUGGUCCGGAGUCCGAACUCUACAGCGACGAGGAUACACCCACCCAGGCAGCUGAAACGGCCAUAAAAUCUCCAUUUCCCUAUGUUGACAAGAUCAGCUCCGCAGAGCCCGAUCGACGAAGAAAAGAGUAUUGUAUCGUAAACAUCUGA